CUCAUCUAAACUCCGGGUGGAGCUACACCUGCUUGUCUUCGUCUUUAGACUUUCUAGUGCAAUAUUUGUGUUUAAAGAAGAAAAUUAGGAAUCGUUGAGAGCGUAUAAGAGAAAAGAGUAAAAUCCUGUUUACAUCUUUGUAUUAUUUUUCGUGUUUGUGUGUACGUGUAUCUAAAAAUUCGCACGCGUGUGUUUUACAUUACUUUUCUAUGGGUGGUUGUGUUCCUCGGAUCGAUUUUAAAGCCUUGGAUGAAAAAGAAUCCUUAUUGCUUCCCAGCUUCCCAAGACUCAAUAAACACCGGAAUGAGGGUCGGGUUCCUGACGCUGCUGCUGGUAGCCUGUCAAGCGGAGUCGUGGGCGGCGGUUUUUCCACGGUCGCCUAACCUCGAUACGUUGGAGAAGCGGUUAGAGCACGCCCGCAAGCUGCUCAAGGAGGCGCCUCUCGUUGAUGGCCACAACGACCUCCCACUGAGCAUCCGGCAUCUGCUGGAGAACCGCCUGCAGGAUUUCUCCUUCGACAGGAACCUCUCGGCGAUCGAGCCCUUCGCGUCCGAGUCCCCCCGGACCGACCUGGUCAAGCUCCGGGCGGGCGGCGUCGGAGGACAGUUUUGGUCACUCUUCACUCCAUGUUGGAGUCAGUUUAAGAAUGCCGUCUCACUGGUACUGGAGCAAUCUGACGUCGUGACAAGGCUGGUGGAAAGGUACCCCGACCACCUGCAGCUGGUUACUACUGCUGAUGGCAUCAUGUCGGCGCAUGCGCAGGGCAAGAUCGCCUCUCUGAUGGGCGUUGAGGGCGGCCACAAUAUCGACUCCUCCUUGGCGGUGCUGAGGACUCUAUACCGCGUGGGCGUCCGCUACCUGACUCUCACCCAUACUUGCAACACGCCCUGGGCCGAUUCCUCGAACGCAGAGCUGGAAAAGGGAAAACAAGUGUUGGAAUCAGGAGGUUUAAGUCGCUUUGGAGAGACCGUCGUCAAGGAGAUGAACCGCCUGGGGAUGCUGGUCGACCUCUCCCACGUCGCCACGCCCACCAUGCUCGACGCCCUUCGUGUCACCCGCGCGCCCGUCAUCUUCUCUCACUCCUCCGCCCGCGCCCUCUGCAACGACUCCAGGAACGUCCCCGAUGAUGUUCUCCUGAAGGUGCGAGACAACGGCGGCCUGGUCAUGGUAACCUUCGUGGCUCGAUUCCUGUCCUGCGGUCCGACGGCAACCCUCCAGCACGUUGUCGACCACAUCAACCACAUCCGUGACGUGGCUGGGGUGGACCACGUCGGCCUGGGUGGAGACUACAACGGAACCCCGGUACUGCCUGAAGGACUCGAGGACACCAGCAAGUACCCUUACCUCUUCGCCGAACUGCUGAAGGACUCUAGCUGGACUGAGGAGGAUCUGAAGAAGCUGGCGGGCUUGAACCUUGUCAGGGUGUUCCGCCAGGUGGAGCAGGUGAGAGACCAGCUGGCAGCGGAGAGCCCGUGGGAGGAUCGGCUCGCAGGAGAAAUCGCGGCGAAACACGAGACCUGUGCGCCGCCAUUCCGGAAGGGACGCUGAGCCAUCUCGUUUGGGGUUCCUCUGCUGUCUCCUAAGUUCCGAUUCCAAUGAUUGUGUCGUUCUUGAACCUGUGUUUUACUUAUUGGAUUUGAUUAAGCUCAUGAUUUCUUUGUCAUUUCGAUAUUUUUCUAAGGUAGUACCUCUAUCUCUGCUCGUUUAUUUGAUGUCAAAAUGCUAUAUGACCUUUAACGUCUAGCAAAUUUAAAUGUUUUAUCCAUUAUAAAUUUACCAUUUGA